AUGUCUUCCGAUUCGAGAACCCGCCGGCGAGGCGUUUGGAGCCACUGGGUUCCACUUGCCGUCACCGUCACUGUUGCGACUGUUGGCAUUGCCGCUUGGGCAUGGAGCCAGCGCCAAAACGAGGAAGAGGAGGAAGGGGAGGAGUCUCCGCCGGCCGAUCUCGAUUAUGAGAAUGCCGACUACGGCGACAAUCCCGCAUACGGAGCCAUCAUUCGUAAUCAUCAGUACUCCAAGGCCGAGAGUGCUACAUAUGGUGUGACCGAUCCACACCUAGAGGCUCAGCAAAAUGCGGGAUGGGGCAAUUCCAUGUCUGGAGCAUUGCGCCGGACACCUAGCCCGCAGCAGUUUCUCAGCAAUGCUGGCAAGGCUGUUACGGCUGGUGUAGGCGCUGUCGGCGCUGCCAUGGGCAGUGCAUUGGCCGCCAUAAGAGAAGACAACAUUGCCUAUGCAGACCACGAAACUUGGUCCGAGGAAGCUUCCUCCAGAAAAGAAAAGGACAAGUCCGUGCCGAAUCAAUCACGCGACCCGAGCAAGCUCAGAAAGGCGGUUGCCGUGGUCGUCUCUGCCGAUUCAAACAUGGAAGAUUUCGACGAGGCCAAUUUCCAUGAGCAUGCGUCCAUUCUGUCGCAUAUCCCUCGAAACACUGAUUUCUCAAGAAUCAAGCUAUUCAUCUUGAUAUACUCGCCCGGUCUCAAGGAUGGUACCAUUGAAACGCCAGCAAGUAACCUGCCUCCAGCGUCUCUAAGUUCUUCAUUCUCAAACAUUAGUCACAACCAGGCCCAGACACCUGGAGAUGAGACCAAGAGUCCGUUACUGAAAUCGAAUGGAGACGCUACUUUCAAUGCCGUGUACUCGCAGGCCCUCACCCUGGUUGAAAAGGAAACCAUGAUUCUUCCAUUUUCAACAAGAGAUGGCCAUGUACAUAUUCUACACCAUUUGCAACCCGAGAUUGUGUACCUGCAAGAGUCACUGGCUGGCGACAAUGGCAGUCAGAUUACUCGCUUGCAGACCUGGCUCAGGUACGACGUUAUCCUGAUUGUCGGUGCUAAUGGCGGACAUGGGGGUCUCGCCGAUAGCGAGUCGGAAGCUGAAAAGCACGAUGGGCCCGAAAAGUGGUGGCACAGAGAGGACAGAGUUGGAAGGGGAAGAGGUGUCGUUGUCGUGGACAGUCUGAGGGUUAGUGACGAUUGGGCACGUAGGGUGCAAGGCAAGGAGUAA